AUGGCUGAACACAAGACCAUCCAGAAGCACUUCCCUGCGGCCUUCCGCAGCAUGCGCUGCCUCUCUUGUGGCCACGACACCACCAAGGGCAAGGUCUUCCGCAACAUUCUUAAGCCCGUCUCUUCCAAGGCAUGCCUUGGUGUAAAGAAAAUUACACUACACUGCAAGUGUCCCGGUUGCGCCACCGCGAUUAUCAUCGAAACUGAUCCCAAGAACGGGGGCUACCUCGAGGUCGCUGUUGCCGAUGCGUUGGACGAGAUCAGAGCAGCGGACGCACGAAGAGAAAAAGUUGAUGCGAAAAGUACUGUGAUUGCUCUUACGCUGUUGAAAGACGCUGAGCAUGCUGAAUAUGCUGAGGUUGCGCGGGCUGCGUUCAAGGGUGCAAAGAGGAGCUUACCAGGCUCGGAGUCACAAGAGGAAUCGUCGGGUGUGGAGUUUUCGGCAUCUAGGCCGGCGAAGAAGGUUAAGAAGGAUUUUGCGAAGGCGUUUAACAUUGAGAGAAAGAUGGAUAGUAUUUAG